AUGCCAGAGUCACUCCACUCCAGGGCUGUCGCCAAAAAAUCUUUGCUGCUGCGGCGCAGGGUAUGCAGGACACACCGAACGAGUUCCGGACGACGUUUCCUCUUUGCUCUGCUUCGCCUAGUCGUGUUGGUAGCAGUCCAAUUUAUAAAUGACCUGUCGUCGAUGUCGUUUGUUGUUCCUCUUGAGAUCUCGAUCUAUCUAUCAGGACAGGGCAGUCAGUCUCUUCUCAUCUUCUUACUUGUACGGCAAGCUAGCCGUGGCUUGUCCGGGGUGCUGAGUAUCCUCUCUCAUCCCCCAUCUUCUUCUCUCAUCGGGCCACUCUUCAUACUGAGCCCAUACCCAUCUUCAGUCGAGUCAAGUUGUAAGCCCUCUCUCAUCUCUCAUUCUGUUCUCCUCCUUUUCUCUUUCUUCUUUCCUUGUCUUAUCUCAUAG